UGGCUUGACGUGUCAAUAAAAUGCAUGAACGUAGCGUCGCUGCUCGUACCGAAGGGCAUAAAACCACAGAGAUCAUUGCGAGUUAGUUACUCAAUAGCUUCGAGUCAGUGAAGAGAACUGACCCACUUCUAAUGACCUUCUGGCGUCUAGCACUAAUUUCAGAUAGAUUACAGACACUGUGUAACUGGACACGGAUAAUAUAUUCUUCUUGUGUACUCCAGCUAAAUAUAUAGCGCUACAAGAAGUAUUAUAUUUAUCGAUUCGCUCUGGCAACUUGUAUUGAAACGGACUUCCUGAGCUGAGAAAAUAUAAGGACAAGCCUACGGUUUCUCGCUAAGAAAAUACAUUCGAGGUGGAAUUCACGUCGACGGAUUGUUCAAAACGUUGUAUAUCUUUCAGUGAGAACUGCUUCCGUGAAUCGUGGACAAAAAGUUGGAUGCAUAAACACUAAAAAGCUACAAGAGUUUCUGCUGACCUUAUAAUAAUCCCAACUACUAUUGCGGGAAUUCGGAGAUAUACGUUGUAGUAUAUUUGUAUACCUUUCGCGAGCUCAGCCGUUUGAUGUUAUAAGAUCGGAAGAAGUCGAUCAAUUGAACAGCUGAACGUAAACCACGCACUGAUCUUUAACGGUCAACACAUCAACGACCACGCGUGUCAAAUUUGAUCCCCUGCACGGGCGAACGGAAGAUCAGCUAUCUCGUCGAGAGUUUAAGGAAAACACAGUCGAGAGAAAACACAGUCAUAAGUACCGGACAAUUAGCUGGAACGUACGAAGAGUUUUGUGCGCGGGAAUUAGCGUUUGACAUAUUCAUAUAUUUCGGUCUGCCGAGCGGUGUAUUUUGAAUCCUGGAAAACUACGCGAGGAUGGUUUUACAAGGCAGUAACGGGCAAGCUAACUCGUCGUGUGCCUUGUCGACAGCCCAGCCGGUUAAAAAUUCCGAUGGCAAGCACGAUUCGAAAGGCGAUAAAAGCGAUCAUGUGAACAGCAAGAACGACCACGUGAAGCGUCCGAUGAACGCGUUCAUGGUUUGGUCACAAAUCGAACGGCGUAAAAUGGCCGAGGAACACCCGGACAUGCACAACGCGGAGAUUAGUAAACGGCUGGGAAAGCAGUGGAAAUUGCUAAGCGAAGCCGAGAAACGACCGUUCGUCGAGGAAUCGGAGCGACUUCGUAUACGACACAUGCAAGACUAUCCAGAUUACAAAUACAGACCACGUAAAAAGAAAAACCCAAAGAAGCCAAAUACUGAACCACAGAAACCCCUGCCAAAUACGAUCGAUGCAAAUGGUUUCCAAGUACGACAGGUGGCAACCAUGGGGUUGCCCAAACCUAACCCCGCCUACAAUUUCGUACCGGACGCACGGCUCUUUAACAACGAUAUCAGCAACAUGAAACAACGUUACGAUGGGUUCGCGACUGUACCCAUUGCUAACCAGCCAAUUCGCAGCGUACCCGACUCGAUCCUAACAAGUCCUGACGAUCACAUCGACCAGCUGUCGCUCUACGAAGAUUUCGACCAAAAACCAGCCCUGAACGGCAUAAAGAGGCAGUUAAAUGCGCCAGCACAAGUGCCUACGUCGUGGCCCAACCUUGAACUUUCGGGACUUAACAUUAACAGCCUCUCCAUGUCGCCGCUGUUAGACUUUAAUACAGGAAAUUCGCAUUUUGACUUUCCUGAUAUGUACACGCCACCUGAAGUUUCCGAACUUAUUCAAGGCCAAUGGCUCGAGAAUAGCCUUGGGCAAGUUACGAACAUGUAGUCCAUUUUAUUCGUAGAUAAGUAUUUUAGAACUUAUAUAUUGUUGCAAUUUAUUCGAAGCGGGGGACGUUUAUCUACUGUAGAAUUUAUUGCCCAGUCGCAAUUUCGGUAAUGAUAGAGUAGGAAAAACUAUUUAAUACGAAUGCUGUCCUCAAUUAGGCCAGAGACUGAUAUGGUUUAUUACAUGCUACAUAUCUUUACGAGUUUUUAACUAGAUUCCUCGUGCAGAAAUUCCAGAGAAUAUUUUCAAGGUUGAGGAUAUUGGCUUAUAUUUGCGCCAAUAAAACCCAAAAUAGAUAGCAUUUGCGUGUGUGUAUAGAUUUGUGUGUGCUCUCUGUUGACUUUUAUUAAUUUGAAUAUUCACUAUUUUAUACCGUCAACUGCCAGUGGCUUGCACGAGAUUUGAUAUUUUGACUACUUUAUAUAUUGCGUUCAAAUUUACUUUGGAUAGAGAUUGAAAGAUAUUUUGCGGUCAAUUUGGAACAGCUAAACUGUAUAGUUAUUAAAAUAACACUGCCACAGGAUGUUAUGCAAAUUUAGAUUGGUUAGGAAGGCCCAAAACGUUGCAACAAGUUAUGUAACACGCACCUUUACUAGAAUCUAUAGCCGGUUUGAGCUAUCUGUUUCGCAUGUACAUAUAAAUUUAAUAUAAAUUUACAAACAAUAGUUUGUCUUUUGUUCGUACACAUUGCAAAAACUUAUAUAAAAACUGAUUUAUACAUACAAUAAUAUUAACCUUACGUUGUAAAUUUUAUGAAGUGUGAAUUUUUUAUUUAUUGAAAUAUUUGAAUAUGUACUAUGAAAAAUAUAUGAGUCAUUAUUGUAAUA